UCGUCGCGGCAGCCGGUCGGGCCCGACACUGAGCACACGCACCAACAAAUCGCGGACGAUAUAUUUUACGAUCCAACUUGCGAUUUUUAAGCGUCGUGAGUUUACAAGUGCAUUGGACCAUGUGGUUUGCGAACUUUGCCGGCGAUAUGUUCGAGUACGCAUGACUUUGAUGAGACUGUCGUGAAAAACAGCACAAAUGAAGAUGACUGUAAAUCGCAUUAGGGUGGUAGUGUUGGGGAGUCCGCGGUGCGGGAAAUCGGCGGUCGUCGUGCGUUAUCUAACCAAGCGGUACAUAGGUGAAUACAGCUCUACAGGAGAUUUUCUUUAUCAGCACCGAGUCGCGUUCGACGGCGCGGUAUCUGAAGUCGAGAUUAUGGACACUUCUAACUGUGCAAUUCGUGGCUGCCUGGCGGAGCACGUGCGAUGGGGCGACGCGUUCGCCGUGGUGUAUUCAGUGUGCGAGCGGCGGUCCUUCGUGGCGGCCGCCGAGCUGCUAUCGCUCCUGGAGCGCACCCGGCUGCCGGGCUGCGCGGCCGUCACCCUCUUGGGGAACAAGAGAGACCUCGAACACGCUAGGGAGGUCCAUGCGGAGGAGGGUCAGGAGCUGUCGCUGCGGUUCGGGUGCCAGUUCUACGAGGUGUCUGCGGCGGAGUCGUGCGCGGGCGCGGCGCUCGCCUUCCACGCGCUGCUGCGCGAGGCGCGCGCGCUCGCGCUGCUGCUGCCCUCGCCUCGGCGCAAGCUCGCCGCCUAUUCGGUUUCUAAAGUAAUCGGCACAAUAUUCGGCAAAAAUAGCAAAAGUGUGCGAAAGAAAAGGCCGUCACUCAGCAUUUAAACUAAGAUUAAUGUUUCAUACACAUAUUUAUUACUUAAGCCAUGGAGACUGCUUCGUUUGUAAAUAAAAUAAGACAUCUAUUUAAUAAUAUGUCAGUUGAUGGCAAUGUUUUCCUUAGAAAUGUUUUAGGAGUAUUUGAAAAUCUUAUUAACCUGGCUGUCGUGGUCGCAAUCCGCAAAUAUAAGAAUUAGAA